AUGGAAGUAGCAAAACUUGAGGGAGGUUCAUCUGUUGUAGAUGUCUGGACUCUUACUCAGCUGAUUCAAGAUACACAACAGGUUCCUUGUACACAUGAAAGACCAAUAAUUGUCUUGGUUUAUAAUCAGAUUUUUCAACAAUUACUCAGUAUUUGUUCUGAGUCAGUCAUAAAGAUUAACAUGAUUGAAGCCAGGGGCAGUUCUAAGGGGCUGGUAGAUUCUGAAGCCCAGAGGUCCUUGCAAACAUGGGAUUUUGGAAGUGGCCGGGAGCUUAAAGCGAUGACUCCAGUGAAAGGCAAUAAAGAUGAGAAACAAAGCAUUAUUCAUGUAUGCUUUCAUAGAGAUCAUGAAAAUACACAAAUGAUUGUUGCUGUGAACCUCAAGGGGACCAUCAAAAUUCUACAGUCUGGAAAAGAUGAUAAGUUUCUCAAUGUGAUUAUGGAGUUUACUGUAGAGUCUGAUCCGUUGGGGAGAACACCUAAUCCUACACUACAGCCUAUUGGAAAAUCCAAAAAAUUUCCAAGAAUCAAACCAGUGGUUCUUCUAAAAUCUAAUGAAUAUAGUGAACAGAAAGCGCCUUUCAGAAAUACACUGACGUGCUGUGAUGCGCUAGCAAUUGAAAAAAGUCUUCUUCUUGCAACUGGAAGUGAAAAUGGACCAAUAAACCUAUAUAACUUUGAAGAAGGAGCUGUCCAGCAUAUCUGUUUUAUGAACGACAAAAUGCAGACCACAAUGAACGAUUUUCAAAAACAGAGUGUAAAUACUAUUUUGUUCCUCUAUCCAAGAAAAGUGGUGACUGUGUCAAGAGUACAUGCUUCUGUUGUAUUACAACAAGAUACAAGCAGAAUAAAGACAGAUGCAAACAUUACAGCAAUGGCUUCAGAUGGUCAGCCUCACUCUCCAGUCAUUGCCUCUGGUCAUGAAGACGGACAUAUUUAUUUGUGGAAUUUAAAGGGAAACAUACUGAGUGACGUUAUGCCAGUUACAAACCAUCCUUUAAAUCCUCUCACAACUCUUUGUACAAAUGCACAAGCGAACAUUAUGCUAGCUGGCGAUAACGCAACUGGGUUCCUCUAUCUUAGUUCCCUGUCAGUCAUGGUUAUAAUAUCUGCCCUUUGCACCUGGUGUCCAAUCAGCAUUGAGAAUGCAAAUGGACAAAAGGAGAAAUAA